GGAUCGGGAUCAGUAAUUUCCGGGAGACAGGGCAAAAUCCCAGAUCCCAACGGACCCAGCUCCCCAAGGAAUGGAAAGCUUAGAAUCGUGCAGCUGAGCCUGGCCUGAAACUCACCAUAGUAAGGGCGUCCUAGAAAAGCAGGGUGCUAGACGCCCAGUAGGAGUCAGUCUGAGUCUGGCGGGUGUUUCCCCCAAUCCCAUCUACUGCUGAGGCUCUUUGGCCACAGAGACAGGGACGCGACACCACUCACUGCCCUUCCUCUGGGCAGCAAGAGCUUCAGCCAACGCCAAAGAGUCUCGGGUCCGCCAGGCAAGAAAGCAGUGUUACGCAGCUCGAGCUUCCUGGAGCCGCCCUUUCUCAGACCCAGGGAAGCCUGGGAGGAGGGAGCGAAGUGGGGGAGAGAGAGAGAGAGUUAAAACAUCAGCUGAAGUGCCAAGAUGAUUUAUGAGACGAGGGAAAAUAUUUCAUAAAGAUCUCCCGGAUAUUCUGUACUUAACCAGUUAGGAGACAAAGGGCUUCUCCUGCCUAGUGCGUGCGCAAGAGGACCCCAUCGAACAAGGGAGCGAGUGCGGGCCAGGCUGCAGAGAUUGGGCCAGCGGCUCCGGUAGGAGCCGGGCCAGGCCGGCGUGCUGCGCCUGCUGCGCUCGCUCCGGAUCCGCAGAGCCAGCGGCGCGCGGCGCUCAACCGCGUUCACAGCCUCCUCUUCUCCCCAGGCGGGGAGAGAGAGCGCCUUGGUCCCGCCUUGGGCUUCUGCAUCCUCUGGCGUUGCUGCGGACAAGCCUCUGCGCACUGUCUCCCUGCCCAAUCUCUUCCCUAGCUACCCGAGGGUCCAGGAGCCAAGUUCCCUGGCGCUCCUGUCAUCCGUUGGGUCCCACCACGGCAGUCCUGAAGUUGAGUUUGAGAGGCGACACGGCGGCGGCGGCCGCGCUGCUCCCGCUCCUCUGCCUCCCCAUGGAUAUGCACUGCAAAGCAGACCCCUUCUCCGCGAUGCACCCAGGGCACGGGGGUGUGAACCAGCUCGGGGGGGUGUUUGUGAACGGCCGGCCCCUACCCGACGUGGUGAGGCAGCGCAUCGUGGAGCUGGCCCACCAGGGUGUGCGGCCCUGUGACAUCUCCCGGCAGCUGCGGGUCAGCCAUGGCUGCGUCAGCAAAAUCCUGGGCAGGUACUACGAGACUGGCAGCAUCAAGCCCGGAGUGAUUGGUGGCUCCAAGCCCAAGGUGGCAACGCCCAAAGUGGUGGACAAGAUUGCUGAAUACAAGCGACAGAACCCGACUAUGUUCGCCUGGGAAAUCCGUGACCGGCUGCUAGCUGAGGGCAUCUGCGACAAUGACACAGUUCCCAGCGUCUCAUCCAUCAACAGGAUCAUUCGGACCAAAGUUCAGCAGCCUUUCCACCCAACGCCAGAUGGGGCCGGGACAGGAGUGACUGCCCCUGGCCACACCAUCGUUCCCAGCACGGCCUCCCCUCCUGUUUCCAGCGCCUCUAAUGACCCAGUGGGAUCCUACUCCAUCAAUGGGAUCCUGGGGAUUCCUCGCUCCAAUGGUGAGAAGAGAAAACGUGAUGAAGUCGAGGUAUACACUGAUCCCGCCCACAUUAGAGGAGGUGGAGGUUUGCAUCUGGUCUGGACUUUAAGAGAUGUGUCUGAGGGCUCUGUCCCCAAUGGAGACUCCCAGAGUGGUGUGGACAGUUUGCGGAAGCACCUGCGAGCUGAUACCUUCACCCAGCAGCAGCUGGAAGCUUUGGACCGGGUCUUUGAGCGUCCUUCCUAUCCCGAUGUCUUCCAGGCAUCAGAACACAUCAAAUCGGAGCAGGGGAAUGAAUACUCUCUCCCAGCCCUGACCCCUGGGCUUGAUGAAGUGAAGUCAAGUCUAUCUGCAUCCACCAACCCUGAGCUGGGCAGCAAUGUGUCAGGCACGCAGACGUACCCCGUCGUGACCGGUCGUGAUAUGGCGAGCACCACUCUACCUGGUUACCCCCCUCACGUGCCCCCUACUGGCCAGGGAAGCUACCCUACCUCCACCCUGGCAGGAAUGGUGCCUGGGAGCGAGUUCUCAGGCAACCCCUACAGCCAUCCCCAGUACACCGCCUACAACGAGGCUUGGAGAUUCAGCAACCCCGCCUUACUAAUGCCGCCCCCCGGGGCUCCGCCCCUGCCGCUGCUGCCGCUGCCUAUGACCGCCACUAGUUACCGCGGGGACCACAUCAAGCUUCAGGCAGACAGCUUCGGCCUCCACAUCGUCCCCGUCUGACCGCCCACCCCAGAGGGAGGCAGGACCGAAGCGACGCGCUGCCUCUCGGCCACCGUCCCAGUUCCACCCCCACCUCGAGACACACACCCCCUCCCUCAGCCCAUCUCUUCACCCGGUCGAUGCUGGACAGGACGGGUGGA